AUGGACAGUUGGGGGUUGAAACGCUUGUUCUCCCACGGGUUGCGCCGCUGGUUGAGUGGAGCGCGAAAGCCCAAGGAUCCCUCUCUCAACGAAUUUUGGGAAGCCUUGGACCAUGCGUGGGGCGGUGGUGAUGGGGCUGCGGCUGCUUUCGCUGCUGGGGGUCAUGAUGGGAUGGACGAUGAUGAUGACGAUGAACCUGAAGAUGGUGGCAUUGUUUUGCCAGGGACACCCACCGCUACUGAGGCAGCUAGUGCCGCUCCAGAACCUGAGGAACGCAUGCCUCUACCUGAGACCUUGGAACCUACCACCCUCACGAGCCAGGCUGUUGAGGAGAUUCAGGAGAGCCAGGUCGUUGAGGAGAUUCAGGAGAGUCAGGUGAUGGAGGAAACGGAUGCCUACCCAGAAACCGAUCUCUUUGCUUUGAACCAGCUUGACGCUGAAGUGCCAGCCACCCAGCCAGAGCCAGAGAGCCCAGCUGCUGUUGCCGCGGCAAAAGCUGAGCCCAUGACUUAUGUGGUUCCUUCAGCCGGUUCGCCCCACAGCUCUGUCAACCUCACGGAUGCCGACGGCACCAAGGGGGAGAUCGAGAAGAAGAGGGCGAAAAUCCUUCUCAUCCAGCCUAUUGCGUGGGAAAUCCAGUGGCUUUGGCUUCCAACUUUCUUUGGUAACAGUGUGAACAUCGAUACCGUGCAGACCGUCCCAAUGACUGCCGAAGAGUUGAAUGCUAGUGCCGCGGCCAGCGCAGCUUUUGAUGGGGACGUGCUCACCAUUGAAUCCCAGGAGCUCUUAGAAGACAUCGCACCUGUGGCUCCUCCUCCGCUUGGCAAUGCUGGCUUGCCUGCAUCGGGCAAGAGUGACGCUGCAGCGGGGGAUGAGAUCAAGGACAAGGCCAUUGCAAACAAGAGGGCAUUGGACCGGGAUGAGGGGGACAAGAAGUCCAACAAGUCCUUGAAACCUGAUACGGCCAGGGAUGCGCUCAGAAAGCCCUUUGAUGGGGAUGUUUGUCACCUCAUGGGAGAGGAACCAGGUGUCCUACUCCGCCGAGAACAGCUCAAUGCCGAUUUCAGGGGCGCAGCACAUGAUGAUGGAGAAGAUGAUGAAGGAAACGGUGAUGGUGAUGAUGGCGAAGAGCCUGUUGAGAAAGCCAACACGACCAAGCCCAAGCCUGGAGCCAAGGGAAAAGCGAAGUCCAAGGCCAAAGCGGCCACAGCCAAGUCCAAGCCUGGGUCCAAAGCGAAAGCCAAGGCAAAGGCAAAGGCAAAGACCACCAAGGGGGCAAAGGUGAAGGAUGCCAAGGUGAAAAAGAUAGAUGACAAAGUCAACAAGGACAAGACUGAGGAGAAGAAGAUGGACGAGGAGCCGAAGAGCAAGGAGACCAAAACCUUUGCCCGUCGCUACCUCCCAACUGAUCCUGUUGCUGCUGCCCGCUACACGGCUUGCCGUUCUGUCUUUGAAGCCGAGAUUGCGCCCAACGUGGCUAAGCAGAGCUCUUUCCAGGACCAUUUCUACAAGUUGUGCAUGCGCGCUUUCAAGACUGGCAACGCUGAGUCUUACGAUGCCAGUGUGGAGAUUGCCGAGGGUUUGCUGGCUUCUUUCUUUGAAGACGAGGCGAUUCGACCCUUUGGCUCAACUUCAGGCAAUGGGACCCUAUGUGAAGCAGUGAAGCACAUCGAGUAG